AUGUCAACUGUACUAAGAAACCGUGUAUGUCGAGUAUGUGGUAACGAUAAGUUCACCAGAGAUCUUCUGGCACCAUCCGGAGAUGUUUCAUGUAUGAACUGUGGUUCCGUGGUUGAGGAGAACCCUAUUGUAUCGGAAGUUCAGUUUGGUGAAUCUGCUAGUGGUGCCGCCAUGGUGCAAGGUGCCAUGGUGGGUGCUGACCAGGUUCGUGCAAAUUUCACCAUGAGAAAUGCCAUGGAAAGUCGUGAACAGACCUUGUUGAACGCUAAGAAGAAGAUCAGAAAGAUUGCCAGUGUCAUGAGAAUCCCAGACUACAUUGUUGACUCGGCCAGUGGCUGGUUCAAGCUCGCCUUAGUACAUAACUUUGUUCAAGGUCGUCGUUCACAAAAUGUCAUUGCUGCCUGUUUAUAUGUUGCAUGUCGUCAUGAGAAAACUCACCACUUGUUGAUUGAUUUCAGCUCCCGAUUACAGAUCUCCGUGUAUUCGCUAGGUUCGACCUACUUGAAACUUGUACGGACCCUUCAGAUUCAAAAACUUCCAAUCGCAGACCCAUCGCUCUUUAUACAGCAUUUUGCUGAUAGACUUCAGUUUGGAGAUAAGACUGCUAAGGUAUGUAAAGAUGCCACUAAGCUCGCACACAGAAUGUCCCUGGAUUGGAUAUAUGAGGGCCGUAGACCUGCUGGAAUAGCAGGUGCAUGCGUGUUGUUGGCUGCUAGAAUGAACCAGAUCAAUAGAAGCCAUGCAGAAAUUGUCGCAGUGGCUCGUGUGGGAGAAGAGACGAUUCAGAAGAGGCUUAACGAGUUCAGAAAUACGAAAUCUGCAGACUUGAACAUCUCUGAUUUUCGUGAUUCCGAGCAUGUCGAUCCGUCCUUGCCUCCCUCAUACAACAAGAAUAGAGUCAUCGAAAAGAAGAUCAGGGACAUCUUGCAAAAGCGGGAGUCGACGCUUAAAAGAUUCAAAGAUCUUGUCAGUGACAAGGAAUUGAUUGCAAAGUGGCAGGUUGCAUUGAAAUCCAAGGAAAGCGAAGCCGCUGAGAAUGAACCUUCCGCUGGGCAGGAGUCUGGUGAAGAUAGAGUUUCGGACCCUGGUGAAACUGACAAUCAUGUUGGAGAAGGACAAGAGAGUGUAGCAGCAGAGGAUCAAGCAUUGACACAGCAAGAACCGGAAGUAUCCGCAGAGGCUCCUGUUCAAGUCAAUGACUCAGAAGCUACUAAAGAUCAAGCAGAGAAGCCAGAAACUACGAAAGAUCAAGCAGAGAAGUCAGCAAUUACAGAAGCUCAGACAGAGAAUUCAGAGACUGCAGAAGUUCAGACAGAGAAUUCAGAGACUGAUCUAGCAGAGAAAAAAGAAACUACCGAAGCUCAAGAAGAUGAAGUCGAAGACUCAGCACAGUCUGAAGACGAAGACGAACAGUUGUUUGUUGACACAGAAGAAGAACUCGACGACGAAGAACUGGAAUAUGAAAGCCGCCCAAGUAGUCGAUCUGAUCUGGCCUACCAUCAAAGCUCAUCAUCCAACAUUCCCACACUGACACGAGUGUUGCGCCCUCGCAAUGUCAAAUCUAACACAGAAGAGAAGGCUACUAGUUUAGGUAGACUUGACAGCAUAAAGAGCACGAGGAGCAGAAGAUCGAAAUCAGCAAAUGAGACUUCUCAGGAGCGUAUUUCAAAACUCGAGGGAACGAAAGAAAUUAGGGAGAAGGAUGAGACGCGUGAGGAAUCGCUUUUGCGAGCUGUUUUAGAUGGUGGCAGCUUCAAAGAACACGAGAUUGAAGAAACGUUGGACCGAUUUCUUAAAUUGACUGACGAGUCUAUUGCCAAGGCCAAUGAAUCCAUUUCGGAUCCUGGUCUCACUGUUGCUGAUGAGGAGAAAGCUGAAGAAGAACGAAUCGCAAAGAAUAGGCCACGUAAUUUGGUUGCCGCAAACGAAUCUACGGCGGAUUUGCUCCAGAAAGUUCGUGACGAUGUGGAACUUGAUGAAGACGAUGAAGAUGAAUACACCCGCAGCAUUAUGCUCCUGGAAAAAGAGAGAGAGGAGAAGGAGCGCAUCUGGAUUGCGAUCAAUUACGACUUUUUAAUUGCACAGGAAAAGAAGAGAUUGAAAGUAGAGGCGGAUGAAUUGACAGGAAACACAUCUGGGCAGCCGAAAAAGCGUCGGAGAAUCAAAGAACAAAAUGUGGAUUCUGUUAUCAACGACCCUGCAGUGGCAGAUGCUAUGAAACAGAUCGGAGAGGAUGGACGAGCCAUGACGCCGGCCGAGAGCGCCAAACAGAUCUUCCACAAAAAAUCCUUCUCAAGAAAAAUCAACUACGGAAGUAUUACGGAGUUGUUCAAUUCAUAG